CCCUCUCCCGCGUCGCUUCUUUCCCGUCCGCCUCGCGCCGCGGCGGUUGCUUGGUGGGCGGGGCCCAGGAGGAGGAGGAGGGGGGUUGGCUGCGCGCCCCCACCCGCCCGGCCGCCCGCGGUUGCCAUGGCGAUGGCGGGGCCCGGGCCUGGCGGCGGGCCGGUCCCUGCUGCUGCUGCUGCUGCGGCGGCGUCUGGGGAGACGAAGGUGAUCUACCACCUGGACGAGGAGGAGACGCCUUACCUGGUCAAGAUCCCGGUGGCCGCCGAGCGCAUCACCCUGGGCCACGUCAAGGCGGCCCUCGCUCGGCCCGGCGCCAAGUACUUCUUCAAGAGCAUGGACCAGGACUUCGGGGUCGUGAAGGAGGAAAUCUCGGACGACAACGCAAAGCUCCCUUGCUUCAACGGCAGAGUCGUCUCCUGGCUUGUGUCUUCAGAGACCCCUCAGCCUGAGCCGCCACCUCCGCCACCCCCUCCCAUCGAGGUACGCCCGGAACCUUCGCCCCCGCCGCCCCCGCUCCCUCCGCUGCCCGUGGAACGGACAAGUGGCAUUGGGGAUUCCCGGCCCCCUUCUUUCCACCCAAACAUCUCUGGCAGCCACGAGAACCUGGACCAUGAAACAGAGACGGAGUCUGUGGUGUCGUUGAGGCGGGAGCGUCCACGGCGCAGGGAGAGCCUGGAGCAUGGCGGGGGGCACCGGUUAAACGGGCAGACACGGCUGGAGCGGCACCUGGCUGGCUACGAGAGUUCCUCCACCCUGCUCACCAGCGAGUUGGAGACCACCAGCCUUUGUGACUCGGAUGACGAUGACACCAUGAGCAGGUUCAGUAGCUCCACGGAGCAGAGCAGCGCCUCCCGCCUUCUCAAGCGCCACCGGAGGCGGCGGAAGCAGCGCCCUCCGCGGCUCGAGCGGACUUCGUCCUUCAGCAGCGUCACAGAUUCCACCAUGUCGCUCAACAUCAUCACGGUCACCUUGAACAUGGAAAAGUACAAUUUCCUGGGCAUCUCCAUUGUGGGGCAGAGCAACGAGCGGGGCGAUGGCGGCAUCUACAUUGGCUCCAUCAUGAAAGGCGGAGCGGUUGCGGCGGACGGCAGGAUCGAGCCUGGGGACAUGCUGCUUCAGGUCAACGACAUCAACUUUGAGAACAUGAGCAACGAUGACGCGGUGCGAGUCCUGAGGGAGAUUGUCCACAAGCCAGGUCCGAUCGUGCUGACGGUGGCCAAGUGCUGGGACCCUUCCCCGCAAGGGUACUUCACCCUGCCUCGAAAUGAGCCGAUCCAGCCCAUUGACCCAGCGGCUUGGGUGUCCCACUCGGCUGCCUUGACAGGGGCCUUCGCCGCCUACCCUGGCAGCAGCUCCAUGAGCACCAUCACCUCGGGGACCUCCGUCACAGAGACAGAACGCUUCGAUGACUUCAACCUGUCCAUCCACACGGACAUGGCUUCCGUCACCAAGGCGAUGGCCUCUCCUGAGUCUGGCCUGGAGGUCCGAGACCGCAUGUGGUUGAAGAUCACCAUUCCCAAUGCUUUCCUAGGCUCGGACGUGGUGGAUUGGCUCUACCACCACGUGGAGGGCUUCCAGGACCGCCGGGAGGCCCGCAAGUAUGCCAGCAACCUCCUGAAGGCCGGCUUCAUCCGCCACACCGUCAACAAGAUCACCUUCUCGGAGCAGUGCUACUACAUCUUUGGCGACUUCAGCGGCUGCGAGAACUAUAUGGCCAACCUGUCCCUCAACGACAACGACGGCUCCAGCGGGGCCUCGGACCAGGACACGCUGGCGCCUCUGCCGCUCCCGGGCGCCACCCCGUGGCCUCUGAUGCCGACGUUCUCCUACCAGUAUCCAGCGCCCCACCCCUACAGCACCCAGCCCCCGCCUUACCACGAGCUGUCUUCCUACAGUUACGGCAUGGGGAGCGCCGGCAGCCAGCAUAGCGAAGGCAGCCGGAGCAGCGGGUCGAACCGCAGCGACGGUGGGGGUGGCGGCCGCGGCGCCAGCAAGCACAAGGAGGAGAAAGCGGGGGCCGAGUCUAAGUCUGGCAGCGGCAGCGAGUCGGAGUACUCGGCCCGCACCGGCAGCCAGCGCGGCGGGGGCGCGGCCGGGCCGGGCGGGGAGGGGGCCUUGCAGCGCGGCCCGCACAGCCUGGGGGGCGGCAGCGUGCGCUCCCACCACUCCCUGCACGCGGCCUACGCUGCCCCCGGGGGCAUGCCCUUGGCCUACAACCCCAUGGUGGUCAUGAUGGUGCCGCCCCCGGCCCCGCCUUCUGCCGCCGCCGCCGCCACAGUGCAGCCCCCCGGCGCCCCUCCGGUGCGUGACUUGGGCUCCGUGCCCCCCGAGCUCACGGCCAGCCGCCAGUCAUUCCACAUGGCCAUGGGCAACCCCAGCGAGUUCUUUGUCGAUGUGAUGUGACCGAGGCCGCUGGCUGGAAUCCGCCGCUCGCCACAGUGACCUCCUUCCACGAAGCCUUCCAGAAAGUGACCUCCUUCCACGAAGCCUUCCUGACCUCGCCUGUGUUUUGUAACCUCCUCCGGCCAGAGAAGAGCCUCCCGCGGAUCCGACGGACCAACCCCCCUCGCUCCUCGUUGCGGCGCGAUGCAGCCACGGUCCUGCUUGACCCUCCCGGUCGCCCGGGAGCCCCCGGCUGCUGAGGCUCUGCUGGUCCUGUGACACGGCCAGGAGCAAUAUGGCCGCCAUCCGCGGUGAAUGUGCUCUGAUCUUGUCACACGGCUUGCCUUCGGGCCCACGUGAUUCCCCCAUAGCCGCGCCGCCAACGCCAUCUUCUUCACCAGCAGAGGCGUUUGCCUUCACGCAACCGCUCUUCACGUGGCACCGUUUCCCCGUCACAUGGUCUUCCAGAAUCACUCAACCGAUUCUCCACCCGUGGUCACAUUGGGCCGGCUCAGCCAGCCGCCAUGCGAUUUCCAUACCUUCAGCCUUGGCCGCUUUUUAAGCACGUGACUCAGGUUCCUACGUCCGUGUGGCCUCCGCCUUCGUGUUUUACAUAUCUGCUUCGACAUUGUACGACGGGCAGGUGUGGUCUUCCCUGAAUUUCGGCCCCUCUUGGGCGCGGUGGUCACGUGGCCGCCUUCGGAAUGUGACCUGGUCUUCCCAGCGGUUUCAUGCAGGCGGCCGGCGACGUGCCGUGGGGGGGCGUCAUCGUCGUUCGCAUUCUCCAGUCACGUGGGCCAGAUCUUUUUUGAAGUUUUGUGAUCAGGUGCAUCUCGCCGCCUUCUCAUCCCCGGGCUUCUCUUUCACGUGACUCCUGUCUCAGCGGAAUGGGCCUUUUGACGGUACUUUUGAACUCCGCCAAAUCCCUUCGCCCCCCCCCCCCCCCGGGUGAUCACAAAACCGGUGUCAAUGAAGUGAUAAGUUUGUUUUGCUUUUCUCUCUCUCUCUCUCUCUCUUUUUUCUUUAAAAAAGAAUACUUAAAAAGAUUUUUUUUAAUUCAUGUUUUUUGGAGUUAAGUCAGUCCAUACUUCUUUUUAUAAACUCCCUUUUGUAUAAAAGCCUCCCCUCCCCCACCCCACCCCACCUCGAAUCUCAUUUUAACACGACCAUCCCCCCCACCCCCCCCACCCCCCCGUGUGAGGUUGUGCUUUUGGGGUGGGUUGUUUUCGUAUCUUCGUUUCUACCAGCAGUUCAACUCUUUGCGUUUUGAAGGGUUUUUUGCAACCAAAGCGCGACUUGCAGUGUCUGGUUUCAGGGUCGCUGUCACGAUGGCGCACCGUUCCGCUCCCCCCUCCCCCCCUCCCUGUUUUGCCACAUCCCCAUAACAGAAGGUCCUUUGUUUCCUUGGCAUCCUCUUGCUGCUUCAGUUUCAUUGGUGGAGAGGUUUUGUCUGGGGGGGGCAAAGGUCACAUGAGGCAAAGUUCCAACAUCACUAUUAGGUGAGACUAGGCUGGGGUAGGCAACCCAGAGCCCCUGGGCACCAACGCACCCCCCAGACACUGUUCCUGGCACCAGCCAAGGUGCUGCUGCCUCUGCCAUUUUGAAAGAAAUUUACACAUUUUCUUGCCAGCAGCUGGGAUUGCUGGGAAACAGGGUUCUCUUGGGGCGGAGAACUGUGAGUUGUUGGUGUGUUGGGGUUCACCUCCCCUCUCUUGCCUUUGGGUAAGUUGCUUGGCCUUUGCCACGCCCUCCUGGGUAGCCAUUUUGUGGUGGUGUCCAGGACAGUUUUUCAAAUUGCCAAAUUUGUCCGUGGGCUCAAGGAGAUUGCUUUCCCCAACCCACUGGAUUAGGCCAUUGGUGUGGGUGUAGGAAUCAGCGUGAUACUCUAGAGCAGCAGGCUGGCUGUGGAUGAUGGAAGUGGUAGUCCAGCACACCUGGAGGGUACCAGGUAAAGGAAGGCUGCUGAGGAGGACGCUUUGCUCACAAGCUGUCCCAAAGUUCAGUCCUCCACUUCUCCCAGUUAAGAAGUCACCUUCCCCCUCAAAAGCUUAGAGAGCUGUUAUGAGUGUGGUCAGCAUAUCCCAGUUUGGAUCUCUCAAUAUGGCAAACGCCACUCAGCUUAAGCAAGGGUAACGCGACACGUGUUGGGGCAAAAGAUCCUGGCUCCACACAUGCUGAUACGAUCUAAGCUGGUGGCGACUGACCAGGAAGAGAAAUCUUGGGCUCGAUGAAAAUGCCCGGCCCUGUGUCAGCCCACUGCUGCGAAAAAGGCAAAUUCCAUGCUGGGCAUUAUUAGGGACUAGAACUGCCGGUAUCAUACUGCUUUUGUACAACUCUGUGGUGCAAUCACAAUUAGAAUACUUUGCACAGCUCUGGAGAUUCAGGACAAAUAAAAAGGAAGUCCUUCUUCACACAUCACAAGAGUUGAGCUAUGGAAUUUGCUACCACAAGGUGUAGCGAUGGCCACCUAUUUGGAGGGCUUUAAAAGAAGGGGAUUAGUCAAACGCCUGGAAAAUAAGGCAAUCAAUGGCUGCUAGUCCUGAUGGCUCUAUAUUGCUUCCGGUAUUGGCAGCUGUGUGCCCUCUGCCCACCAACUCUGUGAACAGAACGCUGCAUGAGAUGGACCCUUGGUCUGAUCCGGCAUCAGGGCUUUCUCACGGCAUCACUGGGUGUCCUCCUCAGCUACUUUUGAAAGAGCUUUCGAGCGCUUUUGUUUUCAAUUUGAUGCCCUCUGCCUGAAGACUCCAAGGUAUUGACCCUUCUUUGCCCAAUUUCCUUUACCCAAAGUGGAGAGAGCGGGCAGAGAGCGGUUACGCCUUGUGAUGUGAGCGGACAGGAACGAGAAUCCAGAAGCCACACUGAGGAUGAAUCGGGGUGGAAUAUUUUGGGAGCGUGCAAAAAAAACCCUGUGGCUUAGUUCUAACUUUGGCAGACAGGAUACAACUCGAGAGGGCUGAGGGGUGGUGUGUUUUUAGCCCUUUCUCCUCCCAGUUCCAGAAGGCUGCCGGGCUUCUCUGGUGGAACAAGAUUUUCUCCACACCUUGACGGGAGGGUGACGACCGCCUGCCAUCGCUUCCACUUCCCACACCAAGCGCCUAAUCCUUUUCGGACCGCGUGGAUGUUGGCAUUCCUCUGUUGCCUCUCGAGCGCUGCCAGGAAACGUUUCGGUCCCUCUUCCUGCUUUGUCCUCCUUCACUUUAAACUCUGGUGUUUCUGCCGUCUUUCAGAGCUGCCUCAGUUCUCCUCCCAAAUCCUACAGAAUCUCGCCUGGGAUGAGGCAAAGUCAGAGGGAGGGCCGGGCCGGGCCGGACGCUGCGUCGUCCCACCUUGCCGCCUUAUCCCCUCUUCCCUUUCCCCAAAUAGGGUACGAAUCUUUCUCUCUCUCUCUCUCUUCUCUCCAGUGGUGCUACAUUGUCCCAGCCGGCACGAUCCCACGAGCAGGUCUCCAGGUACAGCAGGAGACGUCCCCCAGGGAUCAGGGCCCGAGUAUUUAGCCCUCCCCUGUCUCUAGGGGCCUCGAGCACGUGUGUGCAUGAUAAGUAGCAGAUAACUAUUUUGUAAUAACAUAUUUAUUUUUUAGCUCUUUUGUGUACAAAAAGCAUUCAGUAAAAAAAAAUAUUAAAAAAAAUAAAACCAA